AUGGGAAAAGUAACAAAAAAAAGUACCACCAAUACUCAACCGAAUGAUCAAAACAAAAAAAAAAGAAAAGGGAGACCGCCAAAGAGCAAUUAUGUUCAACAAAUCGACACUGCCGAAAAUAGUCUUUCUUCAACACGACCAAGAGUUGUUUCUAUACGACGAAAUGAAAUUCCGAUGCGUCCGGAGAUACACAUAUCCCCAACACCGAUUCCUUCAUUAAACGAACCUUCAAGUAAUAUACAUCAAUCAGGGCAGAUACCAUUACCAAAAUUACCAAAUGAUCAGGCACAUUCUACAUCAGCUACAACCGGCUCAAAGAUUACGAUUACUAUGACCAGCGUCACCACGAACAAUACGGUUCGUUCCAAUACAACUACUUACGUCACAACCGAAAUUUUACCUGCUAUAUGA